AUGGCCCCCGCCAAGGGUCUCUCGCCCGCCCGCCUCGACGCCUUUCUCGUCCGCCUCAACACGGUCAUGCAGACGCCCUCGGGCAGCGACGCCGUCCUGGCGACGGUCUGCUACGGAGCUCGCACGGGCUCGGUGCUGCUGACGACGGCGGCCGGCCGCCAGCUUGCCGCCGAUGUCGCCCUUGACCUGGCCAAGCGUCUGCGUGCCCUCGGCGCGCUGGCGACCGAGCUGCGCAUGAUGACGCGACUGUGGGGCAUGCUGUCGAUGUACGUCUGGGCGCGACAGCUGCUGCAGCAGAUCAUGGCCAGGACCGCCAGCAAAAAGAAAGACCCCCUCGACUCUCUCGUCGCCUGGUCGCAGCUCGUCUCCUGCUCUGCCUACCAGAUGCUCGAAAACGUGGCCUAUCUGGCCCAGCGUGGCAUCCUGCCGCUCUCGUCCCAGGCCCAGACGGCCGCCUACCUCUGGAGCAGCCGCGCGUUCUGCGUCUACGUCGCCGUCGAGCUCGGCCGCCUCGCCGCCACCCUCGCUGCCAAGACCGCCAAAGCUGCCACCAGCAACUCCAAGACCGCCCAGGAUGACCUCCGCGCCGAGGUCCGAGAACUGCGCCGCAGCGCCGUCCGCUACAUGGCCUUUGCGCCCACCACCGUCCACUGGAGCAUGGAAAAGGGCUUCCUCGGCGAGUCUGGCGUCACCCUGCUCGGCUUCGUCCCCGCCGCCCUGCAGAUACACAAGGUCUGGUCCGACGCCGCAGGGAAGAGCUGA